AACUAUGUUUUUUCGUCUCGCAACUAUGUUUUUUCGUCUCACAACUAUGUUUUUUCAUCUCGCAACUAUGUUUUUUCGUCUCACAACUAUGUUUUUUCGUCUCACAACUAUGUUUUUUAAUAUCGCAACUAUGUUUUUUCGUCUCACAACUAUGUUUUUUAAUCUCGCAACUAUGUUUUUUAAUCUUGCAACUAUGUUUUUUAAUCUCGCAACUAUGUUUUUUCGUCUCACAACUAUGUUUUUUUGUCUCGCAACUAUGUUUUUUCGUCUCACAACUAUGUUUUUUAAUCUCGCAACUAUGUUUUGUCAUCUCGCAAUAGUUUUUUAUUAUUGUCAUAUCUCACAGUUUCGUAUCUCAUAUCCAGUCAUUUAGAUCUCAGCAUCAGUUUGACUGGUUUGUUCCUAGCCACGCAGGCCUGGCCUGACGCUCUGUGUUUUCUCGGCAGCGAGCGAGGAGGAGGACAAGGACGAGGACUUCCGCGCGCCGCUCUAUAAGAACGUGGAGGUGCGCGGCGUUCAGGUGCGAAUGAAGUGGUGCGCGUCGUGUCACUUCUAUCGUCCGCCGCGCUGCUCACACUGUAGUGUCUGCGAUCACUGCGUGGAGGACUUCGACCAUCACUGUCCCUGGGUGAACAACUGCAUCGGGAGACGCAACUACCGCUUCUUCUUCCUCUUCCUGCUGUCUCUGACUCUUCACAUGAUGGGUGUGUUUUCUGGAGGUCUUCUGUAUGUUCUGGAUCACCUGGAGAACCUGUGGGAACUGCAUGCUGCCGUCUCGCUGGCGGUCAUGAGCGUUUCGGCUCUGUUCUUCAUCCCCGUCCUGGGUCUGUCGUGCUUUCAUCUGGUGCUGGUGGCGAGAGGACGCACCACGAACGAACAGGUGACGGGGAAGUUCCAGGGCGGAGUGAACCCGUUCACGCGCGGAUGCUGUCAGAACGUGCAGUUCGUGCUCUUCGGCCCCAUC